AGGGGCGCACAUAUGCUCUCACAGCGCAGGAUCUCUGAGGAUUAGCGCCGCUGCAGAGGAGCCGCACUGCGCCUUCUGGAGCCCCCGAUUCACUGUGGAUAUACUGACACCAGAGGAAUAUAAAGAGGGGAUUAUUCAGAGGCCUGAACAUCCAUAGUCAUGGAUGGGGUGAGGACGUGUGUCGUGUUUGGGGGGGUUCUGUUGGCGCUGGUUUCAGUUACCUGCGGACUGUCGCCACCGACCAUCGUGUCCAACCAGGAGGAGUUCAUCCUGCAACCCGGCUCCGGCCUCAACAUCAGCUGCACCGGGAAGAGGAGCGUCGUCUGGGCCGAGCCGCUGCCGGAAAACACCUUCGUUCUUCCGGGAUACUUCACGUCGACGCUCUUCGUUUACAACGCAACAGUGGGAAACACCCGCUAUUACAUGUGUGUCUAUGAAGGGCGGGAGGGCGACCUGCAGAGUGAGGAAGAAGAGGAAGAGAAUGAGGCGGGAAUUUAUGUCUUUGUGCCAGACCCGGAGGCCGCAUUUGUUCCGGAUACCCCUGAAAACUUGGUGGUGCCCAUGGACUCGCUCGGAGUCCCCAUCUCCUGCCGCGUGUCUCACCCUCACUCGGACGUCAUCCUCAGGAGCGUCCCCGGCGGAGAGGAGAUGCCCGCCUACUACGACAACAAGAUGGGCUUCUUCGGACACCUCGCUCCCGGGCAGUACCAGUGCGAAACCGCCGGCGUGAACGGCCGCACGGCCAGAAGUGAUAUCUAUACUGUGAAGAUAGAGGCCCCCGUCGAGCAGGAGGAUUUCGACGUGGAGGUGAAAGCCAGCGAGGAGAGCGUGAGAGCCGGACAACCUCUCAACAUCACCUGCGUCGCUCCCACCGGGCCGGGCUUUCAGCAGCAGUGGCUCCAUCCUAAAAAACAGGCUGUGGACGCAGUUCAGAAGAAACACACGCUUCCUGACCGGGUCAUCUACACCCUGCGUAUCCCACAAGCCACCUCUCAGGACAGCGGCACCUACGAGUGCUCCAUCACAUCAGAAAUCAGCGGCGAGGUCAGAGUCGGCAGCGUGGCCGUCACCGUCUUCGAGGAGAACUCCUUCGUGGCUCUGGACCACAGUGGGAUUCUAGCGGUGGAGUCUGUCAGCCUUUUGGAGGAGACUGAGUAUACUAUUCUCAUCAAUGCCUACCCGGCCCCCAAAGUGACAUGGCUGAAAGAUGGAAAAGCCAUGACCGGGAACUACUACACCCACACCAAGACGAGCCGCAUUGAAGGGAAUCGGUAUCAGAGCAUUCUGACAUUACGGCAGCCUCUGGAGAAAGACAACGGGAAUUACACCAUUACAGCCGCCAGCGGCUCCCGCACCGCUCACUUCUCCUUCAUCCUCACAGUGAAAGCCUCCACUGCAGUGAUGUUCCUCCCGUCCUCGGCCCCUGUGCUGCUGCCACAGAUGGAUGAGAUGGUGGUGCCGCUCCACACUCCUUUCACCUUGACCUGCCGUGGAGAGGCGAAGCUGGCCUGGGAAACGCCGCUCGACGUGCCCGAGCAGACGCAGGAGGACAACAGCGGCCUGUUUGUCACCACCGUCACUGUGGAUAGCGCCGAAGCAAUGCACACGGGCUACUACACAUGCUUCUACAGCAAAAACACCACCGAGGAGGCGGAGGACAGCAGGAUCUACAUCUAUGUGCCAGAUCCAGAUAAUCCCUUCGUGCCAUCGCCGGUGCCUUUCGGUAACCACGUCCUGUUCGGCCACGAGGAGAUGGAGAUCCACUGUCGAGUGUCUGAUCCCAGCGCUAACGUGACCCUGAUCAAUGUCGACACCCAGCAGCCCGUGCCUAGUGUUUAUGACAGCAAGAGGGGGGCUUUGGGGGUGUUCACUUCUGGAACCUACAUUUGUAAGGCCCUCAUCAACGGAGAGGAACACUACAGCGAGGAAUACAUCGUCCACGGCUGGACAGGUGGUGCUGGGCUGCACGUCGAGCUGACGGCCAAGCGGACCGCUCUGCUGGUGGGGGACACCGUCACGGUCACCUGUCUGGCUCGGGGGUCAGAGAUUCUGGAAGACCACUGGAAAUACCCUGGAAAACUGGCCAACCGUGCCGUGAAAACGGUGCAUGAGAAUAAGAGGGAUCAGGAGAUUCUCUACACCCUGACGAUCCCACAGGCUUCAACCAAAGACAGCGGCAUCUACUCCUGCUCCAUCACUGAUAUUAUUACUAAUGAGAACCAGACAAAGCAUCUAGCUAUUAAUGUUUUUGCGAGUGAGUUCAUGUCCAUCCAGCCACAGUUCAGAGAGUAUGAGUCAGCAGAGCUCGAUGAGGUCCGUGAGUUCAGGGCUGAAAUCAGCUCCUUCCCCACGGCUCGUGUCACGUGGCUCAAGGAUGGAAACCCACUCGGCGACGUGACAGCGGAGAUCUCCACCAGCCUCCGGCCGCUCAGCGAGACCAGCUACAUGAGUGUUCUCACCCUGAUCCGGGCCAAAGAGGAGGACAGCGGGAACUACACCAUGCGUGUGGAGAAUGGAAACCAAAUUCAGGACGUUGGUUUAAACCUGGAGGUCAAAGUGCCUGCAGUCAUUGUGGAGCUGAUGGACAUCCACCACGGCUCAGCCACAGGCCAGGCUGUGGUGUGCAUUACCAGAGGGCAGCCCACUCCUGUGGUGGAGUGGUUUGUCUGCAAGAACAUCAAACAUUGUGCCAAUGACUCGUCCUCCUGGUCCCCCCUCCUCACCAACUCCACCGAGAUCUCAGUGGACUCCCACAUCGAUGAGGAUAACAACCUGGAGAGCCAGGUCCUGUUUGGUCACCUAGAAAAUACACUGGCGGUCCGCUGCUUGGCCAGGAACGAAAUGGCGUCUGUCAGCAGGGAGGUCAAAUUGGUGUCUAAUGGCCCUCACCCUGAGCUGACUGUAGCUGCUGCUGUGCUGGUGCUGCUGGUCAUUGUCAUCAUCUCACUCAUUGUGUUGGUUGUUGUCUGGAAACAGAAACCACGAUAUGAGAUCCGCUGGAGGGUCAUCGAGUCCGUGAGCCCAGACGGCCACGAGUACAUCUAUGUGGAUCCCAUGCAGCUUCCCUACGACUCCAGAUGGGAGUUCCCCCGUGACAGACUUGUGCUCGGUCGUAUCCUGGGCUCUGGAGCCUUUGGGAAGGUAGUGGAGGGAACCGCCUAUGGACUCAGCCGCUCCCAGCCCGUCAUGAAGGUGGCAGUGAAGAUGCUGAAACCCACAGCACGCUCCAGUGAGAAACAAGCUCUGAUGUCUGAACUGAAGAUUAUGACUCAUCUCGGACCUCAUCUAAACAUCGUCAACCUCCUGGGAGCGUGCACCAAGUCAGGCCCUAUCUACAUUAUCACAGAGUACUGCUUCUACGGGGACCUGGUCAACUACCUGCACAAGAACAGGGAGAACUUCCUGAGCCUGAACCCAGAGAAAAAUAAAAAGGAGCUGGAUAUCUUUGGGAUCAACCCUGCAGAUGAGAGCAGCCGGAGUUAUGUGAUCCUGUCCUUCGAGAGCAAAGGAGACUACAUGGACAUGAAGCAGGCUGACAACACUCAGUAUGUGCCCAUGCUGGAGAUGAGCAAUGCCUCCAAGUACUCAGACAUCCAGAGGUCCAACUACGACAGCCCCCCUCUGCAAAAAGGCUCCAGCGAGGGCGAGGGGGACAACCUGCUGUCAGACGACUCGAACGAGGGCCUCAGCACCACCGACCUGCUCAGCUUCACCUACCAGGUGGCCAAAGGCAUGGAGUUCCUGGCUUCCAAAAAUUGUGUGCACCGGGACCUCGCAGCCAGGAAUGUGCUCCUCUCUCAGGGCAAGAUAGUGAAGAUCUGUGACUUCGGACUGGCCAGAGACAUCAUGCAUGACAACAACUAUGUCUCCAAAGGGAGCACUUUUCUGCCAGUGAAGUGGAUGGCACCAGAGAGUAUUUUUGACAACCUGUACACCACCCUGAGCGACGUCUGGUCCUACGGCAUCCUCCUCUGGGAGAUCUUCUCCUUAGGUGGAACCCCGUACCCAGGGAUGGUCGUGGAUUCGAGCUUCUACAACAAGAUCAAGAGCGGAUACAGGAUGUCCAAACCCGAACACGCACCUCAUGACGUGUAUGAGAUGAUGAUGAAGUGCUGGAACAGCGAGCCGGAGAAGAGGCCUUCUUUCCUGGGUCUGAGUGAAACCGUGGCUUCUUUGCUGCCCUCCAGCUACAAGAGGCAUUACGAGAGGGUAAACCACGAGUUCCUGAAGAGCGACCACCCCGCUGUGACUCGGGUGUGCAUGGAAAAUGACGCCUACAUCGGCAUCGCUUACAAGAACCAGGGCAAGCUGAAGGACAGAGAGAGCGGCUUUGACGAGCAGCGGCUGAGCUCCGACAGCGGCUACAUUAUCCCCCUCCCAGACCUGGACCCAAUAUCUGAUGAUGAAUAUGGAAAGAGGAACAGACACAGCUCUCAGACGUCUGAGGAGAGCGCCAUCGAGACAGGCUCCAGCAGCUCCACGUUUGCUAAACGUGAGGGUGAGACCCUGGAGGACAUCACGCUGCUGGAUGAGAUGUGUCUGGACUGUAGUGACCUGGUAGAGGACAGCUUUCUGUGACAACUGCCCAGCCUGUAGAGCGGGAACAGCAAGGACAAGGGGUGUAAGGACAUGAGGAACUACAGAAAGACUUGUACAUCCGCCAAAGACUCUGCUGUCUACCCCUGUAACCCCAGUCGCCCUUUCAGAGGACAGAACCAAAACCACUUCACUGUCUGAAUGAGUCUGUGGUGAUAGUACGGUACGCCCUUCAACUUCUCCCUGGAUGGGGCCCCCUGCUGGGCCGGAGGAGUGAGUGAGCAUUGACGAGAUCGUGACAUCGAGGACUCAAAAGAACCACAGCCACUGAGCCUGUGAGUUGGAUGUAACAAGAUGGAACAGAUAAAGAGAUUGUCUUUUGAAUUUGCAGGGCUUUAUUCUAUCGGGCAUUUUAACAGCAAUAUAAGCAAGAAGGGACAAAUCAAGCACGUCGGUCAGCAACUCCAAACCAACACACACCAGGAUAUUCAUACUCAGUCAUAUGAUAUAUAUUUAACCACUACAGAUGCACUAUUUAAACUAGAGGAGUCCAAUACUAGCAACUGCAUUGGCAGGUAAACCCACCCACCCCACACUCACCUGCUGCGAGAGAAGCACCUGAUGCUGGCACAAUCAGUAGCAAUACAUGGAUUUAAAAGCACAAAAAUCUGGACUAUGUGCAUUUUUUUUUGUAUAUGACCAUAUAAUGUUUUCAGUGGUUAAAUACGUGCAGUAAUUCAAAUUUAUUUUUUUACUUCAUCAGUAUGUAAACAUGUAUUAUUUGUGAAUACCAAGUAGAUAAUGACCAUAGCUGUCUGAAUGGUUAUGAUGAUAGAGUUUUUUGAGUUGCAUGUAUCUUUGCAGUCUGUUUCACCUUUUGCCCCAAAAUCCAACCUGAUGUUCUCAGAUUUCACGCCUGUCAUGUGGGCUUGGAUAAACAAAGUGAAGAAUGAUUGUACUUGUAAAUAGCGCCAGAGUUUUUUUUUUUUUUA